AUUUGAAGGAUGUUCAAGUGAAAUGAGCUUUGAUUUCCAGGCAGGGUCGCCAAGAAGUCACGCUUCACUUCCGAGUUUUUGUCGUCGAGUGGGGUCAAGUCGGGUUUUGGACACAAAAACGGAUAUUUCGAUAUUGCCUGAAGCUAUUUUACACACAAAAUUAUGCGGAUUUGAUAUUUAAACAGCAUGAGUAACACGGAAGGAAGAAAUUAUUCCUUGGAGAGGCAACGAAGCAAAACCACCUUCACUCAGGAAUCAGUUGUGGCUACUGUGAAAUGUGGUUUUCUGUGGAAGACUUCUUUUCAUACUGGACGCACAUCUUCGAAGAGCAGAUACUUUGUCUUAACACGAAGCUCGUUGGAUCACUUCCGAAAUAACCAAACGGUAGUAAUUAAUUUUUUCAGUUUCUGUCUUUGUUUUUUGAAGUUACUGUAAAAUGUACAGCUGGAUAGUUAUGUACCAGUCUGAGUCAGUUCCAAAACUGCCCAUGUCUCCCCCCCGGAAAACAUCCGGGCAUUUUACUUGUUGGAAAAGUUUUGCUCAAAUUCCCCGGUAUGUUGACAGUUUAGAUGGUCAAAUGUCCCACCGGCUAGUGCUUCAAAAAGCGUCAAAUCCCCCACCUACUGGCGACUAUUCAAAAAUUUACCCAUGCGUCAAACCAUUUAUUCAAAAUAUGUUAAUAUCCUACUAAACACUACCUAGAUAUCUUAUGUCUUGAAAAGCUGUUUUUAUGGAGGUUUGUUCAUUGCAAUAAAAUAAUUGUUUAUUCCAGAAAGCCCACAUUUAACAGUCUUUUUCAAAGGUUCUCGAAUGCUCCAACAAAACAGUGGAUAUAGGAGCAAUGAUCCUAGCCUGUGGUCUGGAGAACAUUUGGGAUCAGGGAUCAUUUACAGUACUGUACAUUGCCUUUGACUCUUUUUCCUCUUUCCUUAUCCCUCUCCCCACACUCCUUUUCCCUUUCCUCCCCUCUUUUUCCAACUCUGGACACUAUACUUGAAAGAGGUUGCAAGCGUAAUACAAAGUUUAUUAUCAUCCAGGAAAAACUGAAAGGAAGUCUACCAUUAGCUGCCAUAGACAUAGUAGAGAGACUUCCUGAAGACAAUUGCUCAUUUAGAAUCACUGGACCAUUUAAGCACCCACUUAUUUUACAAGCCUGUAGCAGGGAAGAGUGUCAAGAGUGGAUAAAGGCAAUUGAGAAUGGUAAGACCACCCACAAAUUUUAGCUUGUGUGGAUAUGCAAUAGAGAGGAAAAGUGUGACAUCAUGUUACCAGGGUAGCAAAAUUUCUGGAUCACAACAAUUGGGAGCUUAAGCAAUGACGAUGGGGACGGCAAAGGGAACGGCAAAAAAGCAAUAGGUUUAUAUUAGCAAAACAACAACUUUGCACGUGCAUCAUGCCUUUUUGUGGAUUUCUUAGCCUUUGUUGCAUGACUGCAACAUGAAACUUCCUAAUUUCACACACCUACUUUAUGGAGUAGGUGAACACGACACAACAAAAAAUUGGUUUAAAUUGUGAAUUAAUGCAGGGUGUAAAGAAAGUCAGUUUUGCAGCCUGCCAUUCGGGCAAGCUGCAGCUAGCAUGUACUAGUCGGCAAGUCAUUUCUACUAGCCCCCAAACCCUUUCUGAUUAGCAGGAUUGAUUACAAUCCUUCUGUGACUUGAAUUUCCCCAAAAAACAGCACUUGCCCGUCGGGCAAGUUGAGAACAAAAAUCGCUACCCCAAUAGCAAAAUCCACUAACUACCGGACUAUCGGAUACAACUUUCUUUGCACGCUGUAAAGAAAAAAAAAUUACAUCACACCCUCCUCGAUCUGCAGAAUUGUUCAUUACCUACUUAGCCUCAUUCAGUAAUUGCUAAAUAUCUAUGGAUAUAGGUCUCCUGGACCUGGAGUGAUGGGAUUUAAUAAUAAUAAGCUCCUUGCCAACGAAAUACAGCUGUGCUCAAACACUGCAUUUGUCCACUGUAUUUGUACACAAUUCUCAUAACUUUUUCUCUUGACAGCGUGCAAAGAAAGUCGUGUCCGACAGCCCGGGGCUAGUGGAUUUUGCUUUCGGGCUAGUGAAUUCUGUUCUUAACUUGUCCAACGGGCAAGUGAAUUUUUUGGGGAAAUUCAAAUUACAGAAGGAUGGUAAUCAAUCCUGCUAAUCAAAAAGGGUUUUGGGGCUAGUUGAAAUGAUGUGUGGGCUAGUACUUGCUAGCUACAGCUUGCCCGAAUGGCAGGCUGUAAAACUGACUUUCUUUGCACCCUGCUUGAUUAUUUAAUAAAUUAUUGAUAUGAGAAAAUUGAUGUUUGUCUAUUUUGGGUCUUUAAGUGUUAAAACCUUCAUUACAUUUUAGGAAUUCAACAGUGGCGUCUAGAUUCAGAUUCUGGCACCCCAGGAUUUAACAAGAAAGAUGAAAUUUACAGCUUUCAGAAUGUGCCUGGGAUUAAGGUAUCUUAUUUAAAAGUGUUAGCAGUGACUUUUUGUUUAACAAAUCAAGAAUCCUUGACGGUUCUCUGUUCUGUUGUAAAGAACGCAGGAAGUGGCUAGAGCAUGAAAAAAGUAGGGGAAAACAUGCGACGUAGUUGAGUGAUUCUCCCUACUUCUUGAGUGGAUGGAUUGUACAUCCUUUACCUGAGUAGCUAAGCAGCCAAUUCUUACUUGAUUUUUCUCUUUUCUGAUCAGGGUCAUUUUUUCUAGGGCAUACUUGCUUUGAGCAAAGUUAGGUUAUUUAAGUUUUACACUUACUUGAUUCGGCACCCACCUCCGGUGAAUAUUAAACUACCGUAUCUAUCUCUUGAGGGCUAUGCUUCAAAAGUCAUAUUACAGAGAUUAUUUGCACAGAAGUUCAAGUUCUACAUCUAAUUAUAAACAUGAGCUCUCUUUAAUAAAAUCUCAAUACUGCGAAAUUAGUUGCACUGUAUGCGUGCAUGCACCCUCGUAUGACACACGUGUAUUUACUGCUGCUAUUGUUUCAUUUCAUUUUGAUUUUUUGAUGGUAUCAUUCUUUAUCAUUCACUAUUGUUCAUUUCUAAAUGUAUUUUGGACUUAACAGUGUCUGUCUUACCUGACAUAGACUGAAUGGAAAUAAACAUCUUUUACCGUCUAUCUUCUGUUUGUAAACAGCCAAAUGGUAGCAAAUGUGUGAAUGUUCAGCUUAUGUUUGGGGUGGAGAAUGAACCUUACGAAACACUAUCUACACCAUAAGUUACCCAAUGCCUUUAUAAUUUAACUGCUUAGUAAUGCCACAAUCAGAGAUAAGUAUGAAAAAAUAACAGAAAUAUAUAAUAAAAAGCAUAUUGUUCAAUUUUUCACAAUUUUUUUCCACAAUGAAAGCAUUUCCUUUGUGGUCCAUGACUGUUUGUGAAGUUGUGAACUCAGCAGUCUAAGCAAUCUUGUGACAAAGGAUUUUUUCUUGUUUGCUCAAGAAAUAAAGGCCUUGAACUCGUAAUAAAAGGGUUUCUUACGGUGGCCCACAACGGCAAUACACAAAUAUCUAUUGUAUUACUGCAUUCUAUAUCUUAGUACACAAACAUAUUCAUUGGCUCUUGGGUAUAAAAAUAAAAGUUGCGGUACAAAAAAUUAAAAAAAAAAUGGAAAGAAAAAUAUGACAACAGUACAACAAUGUGUAUCGCAGUACAGAAAUAUAAAUUUCAGUACAAAAAUAAAGUUUCGGUACAGAAAAAUUAAAAAAGAAAAACUGAAGAAAUCGGUAGGUACUUUAUAUAUGAUUAUUGCCAUGUACCUAAAUAUAUGCUUAUUUAAACAAACCUUAUAUAUUUCAUUAUUAUAAAUUAACUCGACUAUACACCACCAAACACAACCAUACACCUCUAUACAACCCCAUACAUCACCAUCCAACACCAUGCACACCUACACUUCACCAAAUGCCUCUAAACAUACACCCAUUUAUAACACCAUGCACCCCUUACGUCGCUAAAUACCUCUAUACAUCACCAUAUACCUCUAUACAUCACCUUACAACCCUAUACAUAACCAUAGACCUCUACACAUGACCAUUGUGUACAAGUGCAUGGUUAUGAAUAGGGGUGUAAGAUGUUGUAUAGAGGUAUAUGGUGGUAUAUGGUUCAUGGUUUUAUACAUGGGUGUAUGGUGCUGUAUAGAGGUAUAUGGUGAUGUAUAGAGGUUUAUAGUUUUACGGGUGUAUGGUGAUGUAUAGAGGUGUAUGGUGAUGAAAAGAGGUAUAUGGGGAUGUAUAGAGGUGCAUGGUAUUAUAAAUGGGUGCUGACAUGGGUGUAUGGUGAUGUAUAGGGGUGUAUGGUGUUAUACAUGGAUGUGUGGUGAUGUAUAGGGGUGUAUGGUGAUGUAUGGAGGUUUAUCGUGAGGUAUAGAGGUGCAUGGUGUUGUACAAGGACAUGUGGUGAUGUAUAGGGGUGUAUGGUGUGGCAUAGAGGUGUAAGGUGGUGUUUAGUGCUGUAUAGUCGAGAUAAUUUAUAAUGAUGAAAAAUAUAAGGUUUGUUUAGGUACACUAUAAUAAGCAUAUAUUUAGGUACAUAGUAAUAAUCGUAUAUAAAGUACCUACCGAUUUUUUUUCAAAUUAGGGAAACACAUUGUUGUACUGUUGUCAAAUUUUUCUGUAUGUUUUAAAAUUUUUGUAUUCAACUUUUAAUUGAUCUUCCGGUGAAUGAUUUAUUACACAAAAUCUUACAAAUUAAAAGUAAUAUUUGGGAGCUCAGAUACAACACUAUAUGGAUGCGAUAGAAAAGUAUUAAGCUCGUUGUUUUUCAAUUAAGCGGAUGACUUAAUGUUUUCCUUCUGAUUUAGUGAUUAAUACCUGCCUUUUAAGGGAUUUUUGAAAACCCAAGCUCAAAGCAUAACACCUUAGAGUUUCAUUUGUUGACUAAAUGUUGGUCAGAUCAGUCAUGACAGAAAUAACAACGUGGAUGUACUUCUUCAGUUUUCAAAGAACUGACAAAGGAAAAUAGAAACUAUAAUGUCAUCUGUUGAAAAACGACUCAUCCUGUGCACAAGAAAGAAGGUUACUGUUUAUAAUGAACAUGUGCUGACACAGUCUUUACCAACACAAUAAUCCUAGCAAAUGAAACAAAACUUUGUCAAACUUUUUUUUCUUGAGUUAUUGUUCAUUAUGUACUUAAACCCCAAUAUUAUUAAAUGCUGCCAGGAUUAAAGCCACUAAAAAUCUUGUGAUCUUUGGGUGAUCAAAUUUUGGUUCUUUGAUUCUAUAUUUGGCUCAACAUUUUUGUGAAAAUGUUUGGUAAGUUUGGUAAGGCUUUAAAUUAAACCAAAAUACUAACAUUUUAUUUCUCUUUAGUUUUCAUUUUUUGUGCUUGUGUGUUACAUAAUACACUUAUAAGCAAGAUCUUGUUCUCUGGAGUUGUUUUCAUCCUUUUGACUUCAGUGUUUUUUUUAUUAAAACAGAUGCUCUAUCCAUCUUUGUGCUGUCCAGUUGGAGAUAAAGUGUCAUUCUCAGGUGCAGUAUACAACUAUUUAUAGGUAACUCAUUGUUAAGGCUCAUUCAGUUCAAGCCAUUGGAUAUUUAAGACCUGGGAGUUUUUUUUCUCACCCUAGAUGUUAUACUAGUCUAUCCCAUUGUCAAGCAUUUUCCCUGGCUGGAGAGAAAUAAGAACUACAAAUUAAAAACAAAACAAAAAAACAAGGGUAAUUUUGAAAGGAGAAAAGAAGAAAAAAAAUUAGCAACUUUUGACCCACUAACAGUUACUGUACCCCUUUUUUCUCAGCUGCCAGUGAGCUUCAUCAUGAGUUUCCAAUGAUAAAGUAUGCAAGAGGAGGAAGAUCCAUCCCACAUGAAAGAGUCUUUAAACUUGAUAACGACAACUUGGUAAGAAAUAAACCAUUGAUAGACGUUGUUAUUAUUAAUCCACAGCAUGCAAGUGAAGCCACUCCUGUAUAAAUAAGCCUGAGGGGUUGUUGGAAUCUUUCUCUCUUUGUUUGCCUUUUUAGGACAAUAAUAUGCUAAUAAAUAAAUAGAUAAUAUUCUUUUAAUUUGAUUUCAAUUUGUUUUUUAUUGUGAUGGCCAUGACUCAGGUACAUAGAGGAUCUACUGUUUUGAAAGACAAACAAUCUACUUCUUAAUAAUUAUUUCAAACAACAGGGGGUUAGAAUCAAAGCAGGUCCCCAUUGCUUUGGUAUCUCUCCCCACCCCCCAAACCAAGAAAAAGAUAACAACAACAACAACAACAAACAAACCAGAAGGUAUGACAGAUAUUCUUGUCAAAUUGCUUUAUUUUUUGCUCAAUAAAUUCAACUCUUCUUCUGACGUGGUUUUUAUGAUCUUCAGAAAAUUACAUCCUCUGAACCAAAACAAAUGAAGGAUUUGUAUUGAAAGUGAUGGCCCUUAACUGAAACUUUAAAAGGUAUUUCAGGGAUGUCAUUUGGGACCGCGUGGGGCAGGGGCGGGGGCGGAGACGGGGAAUUUCCUCAAAAUACCAAAAGUAAGAACCCCAGCUAUUUUCAUACGAAACAAAAGGAAUUCACAACGAAAAGAAUUUCCUUUUUUUGUCUAACACCCUGCCUAUUAAUUACCUACAUGCGGUAGCAACUGCGAAAUAAAAUCUGAGCACUUGACAGGCCUUUAUUAAAAAAACAACAACAACAACAACUUGCUAAACACAGAAUAAACAACCACAGAUACUAGUACUGAUUUUCAUUACCUGCUCAUUACAUUAAUUAUAAAAACAACUUGUUUGAAACUUAUUAGCAGCUAACUGUUUUUAAACACCUGCCUGCAGCACAUUAUGUGGAAGAAAAGAGGGAAAGCUCACAGUUUUAAUUUCGCCAACACCUGUAAGUUGCUUUUUUAAGAUAGCUUUUGUGGUUUAAUUGUAUCCUUGGUUCAAAAUUUUCGUAUGAAGAAAAAUAUAUUUUAUUGAAGAUAUUGAAAAUAGAACCGCAGCCAUUUACAUUCUGUCAACACUGCUACUUAUAUCAAUUUAGAUGGCAAUGUAUGAUUACCUUCCCUUUGUCACAUCCUGGUUAUACACAUAUGCUUAUGAAACAAACUAGUGGUCACCUUUGAUGACCUCAUAGCAACAUUCAUACCCAGCUUUCACACAUGCUCGACAACUGAGCAGAAAGUAACCAACUUCAAACAGCUGUUUAAACCCCAGGGGGUGGGGGAGGGGGGCACUCCCAAAAAUUUUGGUUAGGUGUGUGCCGCCCACACAGAUGUGAAACAAAUGAAAAUUGAGACCCCACUGAAGGCCCAAACCUUGAAAAUGAGACCCAAAUCAAGGGAAAAAAGAAAAUUAAGAAUUAAAGAAAACGUAAGAAACUUCCAUGAAUUGCUGUCCUUAUACCCUGAGGUAAAGUUCAGUUUUAACAGAUAAUUUGUGUCUGGUAUAACUGGGCAUUUACGCAGUUGAAUUUUAGCUGAUAGAAUAACCGCACCCUUUUUAAGGAGCACACCAGGAACACAGUAUCAACAAGGGUAAAAAUGAUACCCUAUCUAAGUACGGAGACCCACAAAAACCACACCCUAUUCUCUUGGGGCAGCACAUACCCAUCUACAAUCACAGCCAAAAGGUUUUGGCGGUGAUUCACAUGUUUUUCUAUGGAAUUUGCGGCUAACUGACAGUACACACUAAUAAACAAGAUUUUCCCCCCACCCCUCCUAAACAAAGUUGGGGUCCUUAACAUGUGCAAGAUAACUUAAAAGAUGUUUGACUUGUGACACCCAACACUGUCAAGGGGGGAGGGGGAAAUGUCCCAAAUGUUUUGACCAGGAUUUUGGCUCACAUAUUGGAUUACCCCACAGGGUAUUGACACAUCUACUGGUCCCAAUGGAGGUUCUACUGUGAUAGUACUGCUAUUACUAUUGUUACUACUGUUGUUAUAUAAUUAUAAUCAACAUUAUCAUAAAUUCUGACAUGCAUUUAAGCAGCAAUGCUAACACUGAAUUUUUGUUGUUUUUCUUUGUUGAUUUCCAGUAUGUCUAGAUAGAGUGAUUGAGGUACGAUGUGGUCAGCAAACCAGAAACUUUUUCAAGUUCCCUUACACUGAGGUUGAAAGCCAGUCAUUCUCGCUCAUGUUUGAGAAACAGCAAGGUAUUAUGUUAUCAUUGAAAUACGUAAAUGUACCUGAUCAGCAUGCAUGUUUAUAUUUUUACAUAUCACAAUUUUGAUUAAAUGUCGCUAUGGUACACACUAGGGUUGGUAAGUGGAAAUAGGUUAUAGGUUACGUUGUAUGAUAGAAAAAGUGGGAAUUACUUCAACGUAAGUCUUUCUUUUUUUAAUGUCGUGUAGGUGAGUGGAGUCAGUUAUGUUCACUGGAUCUAAUAUGUGACUCACCUGUGGCAUUUGAAAAGUGGUCUAGUGCUGUGAGUAUACACUGUAUGAUGCCUUUACUAUAUUAAUUUUAUUUAUUAGAGAUGUUUACUAUAGUUAACAUUUUGAUAAAUUAUGUGUGGUUGUUUAAGCCACACCCUUGUGCAAAAAGCUAUUGACUUCAUUAUUUUGCAUGGAAGGUCACUGGAAAUUCUUCCACUGUAAUCUGUCAGAUUCUUCUACUUACCCUGAUUUUUUCAGCUGGGUGAGAUGAAAAUUUAAAAUAAUAAUGGAAAUUAAAUCAAACCAGCCCAGUGGGUCUAUUUUUUCUAUUUCCUGAUUGUUUCCUAAGAAAGAAGCCCUGGCCAGGUGACCCUUAGUGACAGCCCUGAGUUAUACUAAUUACACACAACAAAUUUCACUUCAGAUGAGGGAAAUUAUUUAUGGCCAAGAUCAAAGAGUGAACCGCCAUAGGUUUGAUGGUGUUGAUCCAGUUGUUCUGUAUCCUUUUAACAUUUAUUAGUAUUGUAUAUGCAUUGCAACUCUGUCCACAAUGGAUAUGGUUAGGAGAACAACCUCAUCUUUUGGCCUCCUUGCUUUUUCAUCUGCUUUAAUCUUGCUGAAUCUUGCAUUCAUUCACCACGUUGGGUGGUUUAAUUAUGUGUAAUAUUGUUCUAUAAAUACUAUGUGAGCAUAGAUGAAUGUGAUUUUUAAUAAACCAGCUAAAUAAUAGAUUUCAGCUGAUCACUUACAUAAUGCAUGUAUUAUGUUUCUCCUCUAGCCCAUAAGAAGAACUUGUAACAAUGCUCAAAAUAACUAUUUUGGGCAUUGAAGAAAACAUUUUUUUUACCUUUCAUCUAACAUACAUGUAUUUAUCAAGAUGAGAUUCUUUACACCAGUCUUGGGCCCAGGCAUCUUAAUACAAAGGCACACUAACAAUACAGUGAAAUAAUAAUAUUAGGCCUAAUUUAGGUUCUAUUUGGACGAAUAUUUAGUUUGCAGUAUACAUUCAAUUUCUUACCUUGGUACAAGUAUUAAAGUGCCUUGUUUGAAAAAAGGGGGCAGAAAUAUUUCCUUAAUAGCCUUGAAAGGUGGUUGAAGCGACAUUGGUCAGUGAUGUCAUCACGGCGGAGUAAAGGAAUUUCAGUGGACCAGGCCUUAUCAUUUGCUCAACACUGCUGCAGUGGAGCUAAGAAGAAACAGCAAUUAAGAAAUUAUAUCAAGGUUGUGGUUGAAUAUAUCAGACCAUUCAUCAGUGAUCUUUGUCAGUUCAAACCUGCCGAUCAGCUUUUCAAUUGCUUGAGACUGCGCAAUAUCUAAUUCAGUUUCUUUUUGAGAGGAAAAGCACUGACAGCAUAAAAUUGAUUUAGUGGUACUUAAGUUUGAAUUGUGAACGGAGGGAAGAUAAUGGAAGGCAAAGUGAAAAUUAUAGUUUUUUUAAAUUUUUUUUUCUUAUUUCUAAUUUGUAAUAAUUCCCAAAAUUUGUUUAAAGCUAAUCAAAUACAUAUUAAAUGUUACAAGCCUGUAUUAUUAAAGUGUUUUGCUGUUUGACUGAGAAAUUGUUUAGUUGUAACUUAAACUAACUAUAUUUUCCUCUUGGCUUUGCAGGAUGUUCUUGAGGUGCAGUGUGGAAUUAUUCAACACAAUGAAAAUCUCUUGUGGAACUCGUUUCUGAUGUUGUUCAAUAACCUUAAUGAACAACCAAAUGUGAGUGUGAUAAUUAAUUUUGAAAUUAAAAAGCCAAAUCUGUUUAAACUGGCAGUAUUCAGUUCAUCUCGCUGGCUUUCACUUGCGGGUUUUAUUCAUAAAAACUAACCAACACCUAAUACAGUUAAAUAAACUGUUUCACCACAUGAACUAAGUACUGCUUGGUAGCUUUUAUUUCGAUGAUCACUCGUGAGUUUUUCAUCCCAGGUUCAAUUUUCAGUCAAGAACCCUGAAAAUCACCUUUUGCCGAUUUUUCCACCUGAUUUUACAUUAAAUAGCCAGAUUGGGUUGUUUUAUGCUGAGAAGUGGAUUUUUCUCAAAAAGCUUGGUACUUUGCUUAAGUUGACAAUUUAAAAAUUAUUAAUAUACUUACUUCCAAUGCUGACAAAAUGUAGCUAUUGCUGUCAUCUAUUAGUUGUUGAAGAUCUUCUUUAAGUAUGCAAAGGAGCAUCCCAACCUUGGUAUGACACCAACUGAGUUUGCAGAGUUUCUUCACAGAGAGCAAGAGGUCAGUCACUGAGCUGUCUACUGUGUGAUCGUAGGUGUCCUCAUUAGGAAAAUUUCGAAGGUUGAGGAGUAUAAAAGCAGUAUUUUAUUGCAUUGAGAUUUAGGGAUGAAUUUUGUUUGUUAUAUUCCCCCAGCCUGGGAAUCAAGUUUGAAUUUUGAUGAUUUGCAACUGGCCUAUUAGCAUAGGCUGUUCCAUAAUCCAGUUUGUUUAUUUGUUUAUUUUUUUACUGAUAAGAAUUCGUGCAUAUGUAGUCUACAUUUUUGAGCAAGUUUUCAUGCUUGCUACAUACUUUGGGGAGAUCAACAAGCAUCAGUGUAUUCUGGGAAGAGUUGUAUUUUCCAGAAUUCACUGAAUACUUCUUCUACAGACAAUAAUUAUCACAUUACACCACAGUAUAGCCUGUUCACUCCUCAUAAUAGCUGGGGUAGCUGUACUUCAUGAGUGAUCUGAUGUCGAGGAGAUUAUUUAUGUAUUUCUUUCUAUGUUGUGUUGUCAUUUGUUGCUGUUAGGAGUCACUUAGUUUGCCAGCCUGUGCAAGACUGAUGUCUGUCCAUGACAACUUUCAUAUGACGUACAAACAGAGAUGUGCAGGAAACGACCCAGUGUCCUUUCGACUGAGCAAGUCUUUUUUGUCAUUUCAUGGCUUUCUGAGGUGAACAUACAGCUGAUGAGAAACAAAUGAGCAAGCUGACAAAAGCUGUAAAAUCUUUAAAACCAAGUGCUAAUUCACAUAAAGUGAAAAGAAAACGUCUGCAGCAUUAUUUUGACUCAAACAUAUUAUUUAGUUUUAAUACCACCUUCUCGCAAGAGAGACACAAAUCACACCACGAGCCACACCCUGUAUGCAGCUAUUGUUUGUUUGUAGUCAGUGCACUUCUCAGUAGCUUUAAUCCUAGUUGACAGAUUGGGCUGCUCAAUCGAGGUAAUGGUGCAUCAUGAGGACCAUGUUGAACUUAAUUUUUAACCCUGAAUCUGAACCUGAAUCCCUAGCACCUACUAUUUUCUUUCCAGGAAUUCCAUAAUAGUAGCCCAAAUAAUUUAGCACUCCUGUUCCACACAUGUGUCUUGUGUUUCAUGCUUAGUUACUCAGAGAUAUUCGCCUCUAUCGUUAGUCUAAAAUUCAUGUUAAAAUGAAGCUCAUGCUUGUAUGUAUGUAGCUUUAUUGUUGUAGUUCAAUAUUUUCCUUGGUUUACAUUUUAUUUUCUUUUGUUUAAAACUCGUUAUCAUACAUUACCAUACCCCAAAACAAAGGAAAAUAAAAUUUGAUCCACAACAUAACCAUCUCUCACUUUGUAUUAGGGUGUGUCUUAUGCUUCAUAUUUGGCUAACUAAUACUUGUUGACUUUUCUCACCACUCCCUACAAAUCUCAUAUUUUUGUGACAUGUUUUCUAGUUAUCUUCGCAGUAAGGAUAAUUCUGCUGUCAAUCCAGAGCAUAACACUGUUUAUCAGGUAAGCACAUGUUUUUCUAUCGUUGUGUCUGUCUCCAAAUCUGUUUUUUGCCUCAUUCUUUUUUUUAAAGCAGCAAUUUUUGAAAAGUAAGCAACAGGUUUAAUUUAAUCUAUUGUUAAAGUUGGUUUUUAUAAGUGUCCCUCAUCUUCUUUGAACACACUAUGUAGAUUUCAAUGAAAUGUGAAACCAGAUUCUUGUCAAAAAUUUUCUAACUAGUCAGACUUACAUUUUUUUCUUGUUUCUUCCAAACGUUGAAAAAUAGCCUCCAACCUUCAAGGCAAGAAGGAAACAGGUCAAAUUAGUUUAAAGUUAACUAAACUAAGCUGAAAUGUCUUCUACCCACUUAUUUGCAGGACAUGGACCAUCCUUUAUCAGAUUAUUUUAUCAACUCUUCUCACAACACAUAUCUGACGGGAAGGCAACUGAAAGGCCAUUCCAGCCUUGAAGCUUAUGUGAGAGCUCUGCUUCAAGGCUGUCGCUGUAUUGAACUUGACUGUUGGGAUGGACCAGGUACAUUAACAACCCUAGAAUACCAGAAGUUCCUUUUUAGGGGAUAGUGGAGCUAGAAAACGGCAUGAAACACACACAAGGACACACAAUGUGGGGGCAUUGCCCAUCUCCCUGUGCACUGCUGUAUUGUGUUUCUCUUACUCCACUUUUACUAAGAAACAAGACUACUUGUGAUCAACCAACAAAGUAAUUGUUAGCAGUUAUACUAAAUACUUAAACAAUCGUAGGAGUUCAUCAAACUCAUUAUCGUCAUAAUCGUCAUCGGACCAUUAUACAGGGACGGUGAAGUGGGGGGAAGGCUGCCCCAACCCCCCCCCCCACUUUUGGCUUUACCAAAAAAAAUAAAGCCUUACUAAGAGGAGAGUCAAUUCAGUCACUCGUCAACACCCCCUUCCCAACUCAACUGGUAAAAAUGUAAAAAUGUUCCGCCGUUCAUGUUAAAACAUGGUCAACUUCAUGUGACGUUUGCAGUUCCACUUUCUUUGUGUAAUGCUGAAAGGCGCACCAGUUUAAAAAGAAAACCACCCCAAAUCUCUCUUGAACUUGUUUAAGUGGGGGCUGAUAGCCAGUCCUUUUAAAUAAUUAAGGUGCGGACCUGACGUUUUGCUGUAUUUAAACUUAUCAAGAAAGCAUGAACGCAGGCUGAGAGAUAGUUGGAGCCAACAACUGCUCUUGAGUGUAGUACGUAACCAUGACAACGCUGAGAAUGGCAUCCACCCAGGCACCAUCAUGCUGCUAGCCACUGGAAGCUUAAUAUUCUUACCAUAUACUUCAAAUAGAUAGGCUGUGUAUAUCUUAUUUUAGGAUAUUAUCUCUCCAUGAAAUUAGUGGAAAACGACUUUCGAAUAAAGGAAAUUAACGCGAAAGAGAGGGCAACAUUUCAAAAUGAUGGAAAUUAACACAACGUUCACAAAGAAACAAAACAUGUUGAGACAACCGGAACAGUGAAAUGGAAACUUUGUUCGUGGUACUUUGCCUAGACGUACGAAGGGAGUCAAGCGAAGAAAUCUGGUCACUCCAUUGGUUCUUCACAGUUUCACUGUUUACACCACCCUGAUAAAAUACCUCUCUUUCUUAGGCGUCAAGAAUGUCAACAGUGUAUCGAGAAUUGGGACCCAACAUAAUGGAAAUUAAGGUCGCGGAAAUUAGCGCUCCGCUUAAUUAACGGCGCGGAAAUUAACGUUGACAAAAAUUAACGCUACUUAUAUUGACGCGAAUUUGGCAUUAAAUUCAUGAAGCUUUAAUUUCGUGUAAUAAGGUAGGAAGUAGAGCACUUCACGAGCGUGUGCAGCGUGAAGCAACGUAAAGGCGUGACCUUAACAGGCCCUUGCGGUACUAUACAACCACGUUAUUUAAUCACAACAGAAAUUGCAUUUUGCCACAUUCAAUGCUUAAAUCUUUUCUCUUCAGAUGAACCUGUCAUUACUCAUGGACUCACGUUAACUUCCAAAGUCAGAUUCAGAGAUGUGGUUCAAGUUAUAAGAGUAAGAAAUACAUUAAUCAAAACCUUAUUGUUGCAACAGGACCUCAAAGACAAAAUAUAUGAUUCAUCGACAAGUUUUGGAAAUACAGUAGAGCCCAGGUAACACGAACUCUGAAGGGAAACGAAAAACAGUUCGAGUUAGCGGGCAAUUCGAGUUAUCCGAGUUCGAGUUAUCGGCGUUCUACUGUAACUUUCUUCGAUAUUCCCCACCGAAAGCGUGCAUUUUAGCCCUUCAUGUAAGGCGACUUAUGGUGAAAAAAAAAAUGAGAAAGCAAACCAUCUUCCUUUACGUGCCACUUAUCUUAUUCAAAAUUGGGGACAAGAUGGCGAACAAACGCAGGCGCACUUAUAUUUGUCACUUUUUAGCUGUACAGUCUUUUUUGCCAACAGUGUAUCGCAUGGUGGCCCUUGUACAUGUAUUGCGAUUUGUAUGGUAGCGUAAGAAAAUGAUAUCGUGGUCCUUGUGUCAUGAUUCGUAUAUUAUCUUAAGAAAAUGUAUAAUUACAGCCCUAGAAUUGGCACUAUACACCGGUCGUGGCUUGAGUAAAGAACUUGUUUUGGUCUUACAAGUCACUUCAACGUAGAAUUUUCUAGCUUUUUGCCUGGAACUGGACAAUAUGUUAACAGUGGCCUAGCGUCACAAAACAAGGAACACUAAUCAGAGGUUGCAAAUGAAUCUGUUUGCUUAUUUUUCUAGGAAUAUGCUUUUGAGACAUCCGAAUUUCCCUUGAUUUUGUCCCUGGAGAACCACUGCAACAAGGAACAACAAGUAAGUCUCCGUUCAAUAUUAUUGCAAGUAUUUAUAAAACUCAUUUGUUUGGUGAGUUCCAAGACCGUUCCUCUCUAAAAACUAUGGUGGCAUACAGCACGCAGUGAUAUAAAUGGGAUGUCCAACAAGAUGUUCUUGGCUGAUUUUGAAUAUGUCCUUCACUUGCAGGCUAUAAUGGCGGACGUUUUUGUAACAGAGCUUGGUGAUAUGUUGGCCACAACUAACCUCUGUGACGAGCUAGGUGUGGAUACACUUCCUUCUCCUAAAGAUCUGAAGCGGAAAAUUUUGCUCAAAGGCAAAAUUAAAACCAAGAAAAAGGUAAAAGUAACAUUCGUUUUCUUAAAAACGGCUCAUAUUUGAAGUAAUCAAUGGCUAUUGUUUUUAUUAGUGUUUUAAAAUACUGUAAAAACCCGUGAGUAAGAACCUGUUUUGUAAGAACCUUAGGCUAAGAUUGCCAGUUAGGUCCCCUCUUUACAAGAACCUGUUUAGACUAAAAUUUGAAACAGGCUCUUGUUGUUUAAAAUCUAUUAAAAAAUUCUGUACACUUGGCCAAAUAAGAUUAGUCAACUUUCAGGACCCUCUUUGGAGACAUAGGUGCCUAAUCCCCUUCAACUGCAAUGUAAUGGUUUGUAGAUUUUACAUGAGAAAUAAGCUGAAUACCACUAAAUACUCAUAGCUACAAUGUAUUUUUUUUCUUAAAAGUGAUAACGCUAUUUUAGGCAAUUUCAGCUCUUACGUCUGAAAGAUCACUGAAUUGACUUAAAUAUCAAAAUAGAUUUUCCAAACUGUAGAACACAGAUGAAGUACAAAAGAGCCAAAAACAAGAACGGCCGGAUGAGCGAACGUGAAGAAGAUUCAAAGGAAUUUGCUUUUAGUUAAUGUUGAAUAAGGGAAAGAAUCUUGUUUUAUAAUUUGUUCUUAUAAAUCAUGCUUGUUUUAAACUGCACAUGUAUUUCUUCCUUAAGUGUUAACCCUUCGCUUUUUUCCACCACAGCAUAAAAUCUCAACUUCUAUCUGGCCCGGAGUGAAUGUCAGUCCUAUUAUUUCUGUAAGUGCUAUCGUUUUAGUAAAAAAAAAUUAUUGAACUGUGAUUCUACUUUUAAGGAAUUCGAUACCUGUAAUUUGAUUUGUCUUGGCGAAAUUCAGAUACCAUUGGUUUUUGUGGAAUGAAGUGACUCAUGGCUGAUGAGGUCUUUGUCACAGUAUCUGUGUCAGUAGACUCUAUUUUGCUGUGCCGUGUUCUUGGUUUUCCAGCAGUUGAUUGAAAACUGCGCCAAAAUUCAGCCGCAGCCAAGCUAAAAAGUGAUGUCUGUCCCAGAGUGCACUUGGAAAAACCACAAUUCGUUUGUAGUGACACACAAUAAGGAAGAGGACCCUUCAGAUUAUGCACUGUGCAGUUUGUUUAUAUAGGGUACACUGUGCAGGCCGACUGUCCAUCCCCUCCUUGUACGCAAAUUUAAAAUGUGAUGCUCGAGGCUCGAGGUUUAAACCCUGUUUUAUUGAUAUCCCGUUUUAUGUAUUUCUUUAUUUCUGCUUUUCAACAAAACAUUUUAGUUCUUUAUCUAAGUUAAACACAUGUCAUUUUGUAUCAGUUAGCAAAUUUUACGUCGUAGUCGCGUGAUAAUGGCAAAGAAAUUUCUUUUCUUCUUAUUUUAUAUUUUUUGCUGUAUUUUUACAUUCGUGUUGCAAAUAAAUAAAUGAAAAAUUCAUAAAAAGUGUGCUGCAGAUGCAGAGUUGUUGUUUUCCUUAUUAUCCUUUUUCUUUUUGACGUUCUCGUUUUCGUCGUCGUCGUGUUUGCUUAAUCUCCGGCGAGUUAAACAGGCCCCGCUUGUGGGUUUGUUUAACCUUUAUUAAUUGACUUCUUGAAAUAUUGACUUGUUCUUUUUUUCGUACAGAACAUUUCCACAAGAGUGAAAAAAACAAGUAGGGGCGUGCUUAUGUCCAGUCAGGUGAGUUUUAAGACCCGUGCAAACGGACGCAUUAUCGUUGGCCAACAACUCCCAACAUUGUUGGAUGUUACAUGUUGCGUCCGUUUGCACACCCUGUUGCAUGUUGUUUGAUGUUGUAGCGCAAAGUUUGAAACCCGGUCAAACUUUUCAGCCAACAACUCCCAACAAUUCUUUUGUUCCGUGAUCGCCAAAGCGUAGCGCAAAAUGUUGGAUCCGUUUGCACACCCUGUUGCAUGUUGUUGCGUCUUGUUGGGAGUUGUUGCGCAAAGUUUGAAACCGGUCAAACUUUUCAGCCAACAACUCCCAACAAUUCUUUUGUUCCGUGAUCGCCAAAGCGUAGCGCAACAAUGUUGGAUCCGUUUGCACACCCUGUUGCAUGUUGUUGCGUCUUGUUGGGAGUUGUUGCGCAGAGUUUGAAACCGGUCAAACUUUUGAGCCGGCAACUCCGAACAUUUCUUUUGUUCCGUGAUCGCCGAAGCAUAGCGCAACAAUGUUGGAUCCGUUUGCACAGCUCCUCCAAUAUUGUUAGGGCUACGCACGCUCAUUACACAUGGUCUACAAAGUCUUAUGGGUUGUAUCCUUCCCACGAUGCACUGCAGGUCCCAACAUUGUUGGAAGUUGUUAUAUGCGUUUGCACGUAGCUUUAAGGUGAUGUUAAACGAGACGAUUCGUAACGACGAUUUUUAGCGCAACACAGCGUUGCAACAUUGUUGCGACAUUGUUUCGAAUGGUUUGCAACAUUGUUCUAAUAUUGCAGCGCUGUUUUGCGCUACAAAUCGUCGUUGCGAAUCAUUCCGUGUAACAUCACCUUUAAUCGAUGUAGGUUUGCUCUUAAGUGCAACUGUUGUUUUCGUAUGUAUUUACUAGUUCAUGAAAGUGAAAAUCAAACACACCUAUUGGUAAAAAUGUUUUCUUUUCGUCAUCAAAUGACACAUUUCAUGUUUGUUCCUCUUAACUGUAUUAUUUUGAAGUCCCCAUGUUCCGUUCCAGUUAUGGUAUCAUGGUGUGACAGGACACCCACGAGCAACGUACUACAUCACGGCAGUCACUUCUUUUGUGUUUUGCAGAAUCAGAAAAAACAUUUUUUCUUUAAAAAAUAAUAAAAGCAAGUAUUGACUUUCGAAAGUAGUUCAUGCAGAGGUAUCGCCUGAUAGCUUACUUGCCUUCUGCUUCUUUCCUCUGUUUUGUCUUUUCAUUUUGUUUUUGUUUUUGUUACUUUUUGACAUUUUUUAAUUAGUCACUCACGUGGGUAAUGGCGUACAGGUAGCUGUUGAAUUGUCUUGGUAACACACUGAAAUCUUUCUUUUUUGCCGCAGUCAGAAGCAGUUUUUACAAGAUCAGAAUCAGCAAAUUCUCUCAGUUCAGGUCGGGUGCGAUCAUUAACAAAUGCAACGAUUGCGACGGUGGUAAGGCAUUAUGAACUGUGUUAAUAAACAAGUCAUGUAUGUAAUUGUUACAUAGCUGGAAUUUUUUUCCCAACAUAGUGCGCUGCAUUGGUUACUUCAAGGUUACAUGACUUCUAGCAAUAAACUGUUUCCCGCCAAAAGUUUCUAAGCGAGUAACUUUGCAAAAUCCGUGACGUCAGAGUGUGUCGGUGCACUGGUUUUCGCUAAUGAUGGCCACUCGCUGAGAUUUACUUUCAUAAAUUGGUACACGUGGCAGGUUUUUCUUCGAGGGCUAUUUAAUUUUUCCCUCGGGACCAAUCAUAAAAUAAGAGUUCAAUAUAUGAUAGAUAAACAUGUUACGUUCUUAAGACAAAAAUAAUUGCGUGUCUGAUGGUAGUCGAAUCAUUGACCCCGAGCAAACCAUUCUGAUGUCAGUAAAGCUGGUGUCAGUUGUAUGUCAUUUACUACUAGGUGUGGGUUAGCCUUCCACGCGGGCGUUUUUAGGGGAGCUCGUUUUUCAUCGUGUGUCACGCGUUCUGUUUACUACAGAAAAGAAAGGGUUGGAUUCACAGAAACCAUUCAACUAUGGGGGGACGGGUGGUAACUUAUCCGACUAAGUGGCAGCCUAGCAAUUCUCUGAAAAGCAACUGAACACAUUUCUUUAUAAGAAAACUGUUAAUGACAAUUUAACGUUAAGUGCUUUUGAAUAUCUGUAGUGUUAGCUCCAUGUGAAGUGCUCAAUGUUGUUGUGGUCGUUGUUGUUGUUAUUAUUAUUGUUGUUGUUGUUGUUAUAUGCAAGGCCGCUUAUGUACUUAUUUUGGUUUCUCGUUCGAUUCAUAACAGGGCUCAACAAGUGAAGAUCAGUACAGUAUAGUAAGUACCUUGCACUGCUGUUAUCCUCAUGUGGUAAAGUUUAUUCGAGGGUGACAAUAGUUCGUGAUAUUCAUUACAGAGCGAAGAGGAGUUCUGUUUGAUUUUGAUUCCAAUUUAAUCGAGCUCUGCGAAAUCAUGAAAUUGUUUUGGACUUUCAAUUCAAAACAGCUCUUUCUUAAAGUGUUGUACAUGACAAUGAUUACAUCGCCGUUAGUGAUUUGGACUGUGUUUUUGUAGGUUCCGUUGGAAGAUUCCAUGGGCAAACUAAUUGUAUAUUGUCGUGCAGUGCCUUACAAAAAGCAUGAAAUCUCAGGUGACUGCUGUGAAAUGUACUCUUUCAAUGACGGCUCUGCGCAAGAUUUCAUCACAGGUCAUCCUCGAGGUACAGUGUAAAUUUAUACACCACUUCAUCAAGGCCAUUUAAGAUGUUUUCUUUUUUUAUAUAGGAUUUUUUUCUUUUUACAAACAGACAUUUGAGCAUAAGAAUGUGACCUCUGUGGAGAUAUGCAAAGUAAUUUUUGAAGGUUAUUUUUCCUGCACGCAACAACUUAAUGAAAAUUUUUAGCUACCAAGUUUUUCAAAUGCGUGUUGGUUAUCUUUAAAGAAGAACAACUUCAUGCCGAAUGCGGGGUGAGAUUAAAGAACUUCUGUUUCUGCCCCCUAGUUCAAUGUUGGUUUUUUCGAGUUGGCAUGUCAGAAACAAAAAAAUCAACACUGGGAGGGGAGGAGCACAACUUUUUGUCGGAAUAUGGGUACAGCACGGGGGUGUCCCAACUUCAUAAACCAGAAACGCAAGCACAGUGAGAUACGCAUGCGGAUUUGAGUAUCACAAGAUAGAAACUAAUCGGAUGCAUUGGAAAAUGAACCACCUCAACGCAACAUAAACGCAAGGUUCAACCCAUGAAACGGAAGAUUUCCAUUUUAUUACGCUUUCUUUGUGGGCGAGCACUGUUGAGUUCGUUGCUGAUUCUCUCCUUUGCUCCGAGAGGAUUUUUUUCCGGUACUCCGGUUUUGUCCUCUCCUCAAAAACCGACAUUCGAGUAGGAAUACGGUAGACGAUGAACUACGAAGUGGAUGUACUACUGACGGCUUUCCUUUUUCUCGAUAGAUAUUUUGUCGUUGGCUAAUAAGCACAUUGUGAGAACAUACCCCAAAGGAUCAAGAGUCGAUUCCUCAAACUAUAACCCGCUGGUCAUGUGGAACGCCGGACUUCAGAUGGUGGCCAUCAACUUUCAAAAGCCAGGUAUUAUAUAUUUCACCGAUGUGGUUUUCAAGUGACAUUUUUUCAUGAAAUGCUUCGUUUGCCAUCGCUCGACCGACCAAUUUUUGGGAAAAAUGCAGAAAAGAGAACAAUUUUCUUAAAUUAAUCCAAGAGCAAGACAUCCUUUUCUUCUAUUAAAUCAAACGUAGCUUUCCAUUCAUAAGCGUUUGUAUAAAUGUAUUGCAGUUGAGACGGGUUCGUGUAAGGAAACGUGAACAAGACAUCUCGCCAUCUUCUCUUCACAUAUUCUAAAUGCCCUACUCUAACGAUUUGAAGAGUGUGAUUCUGACGCUAGUUAUAACUUUAUUUUACGUGACCGACCUAGCCACUUAAACGAAACAGAGGCUGAUACAGAACGAGUGGCCUAACCGGUUUCUUCCUUUGGAUCAAUUCCUGUUUUCUUUUUUUUGCUAGACUCUGGCAUGCAUCUCAAUCAAGGAAAGUUCAGGAAGAACGGUGGAUGUGGUUACAUUUUAAAGCCGGAUUCUUUGAGAAACAGGGGUAAGUCAGGCAAAAGCAACAGAAAGUGAGUUCACCAAGAGCAGUAACUUAUGCAUUGCUUAUACAAUAGCCCAUGUUCGAUAUAUUAAAAUUCUAAGAUGGCUGAGGCUUUCUGGUCAUUUUUCUAUAUUUGAUUUGGUUUUCUUUACGUUCAAGUCUCUUCUGGGAAUUGCGAGACAAUGGAGUUAAAAAUUUGCAAUUUUCUCCGUAAAGCCUCAGAGUCAUGUUAGAAUUUUAAUAUAUCGAACGUGGGCUAUUCUCAGGUUUCCAGGUCCCCAACCACGGGGAUAUGAAAUAAUGGUUGACUCUUGUUCAAUUCACCUCCCUCCCCACAUAAGAGUGUUAAAUUUACUAAGCUCAGUCUACGCGCAUUGUGAUUGGCAAUCCUUGUGCUUAAUUCUCUUCUUUUACAUGGCAUCCUUUCCUGAUCUUUUGUUAUUCUUGCAUUUCUUGACAGACAAGUCUAAUUAUUACCCAAUGAUUAAGGAAAGUCCGAAAGGUGGAAAGUCAUGUUACUUCACAAUAGAGGUAAACUCCCCAGUCUGUAAAUAAGACGGAGAAUGGUAGUCAAGUAGUCGGUAGAAACGAUAAGAUCCUUGUUAGCGCUUUUUUCAACUGAAGUUUUCCAUAUUUUUAACAAUUUACUUUACUAUGUACUUGUGUUUAACUGGGUUAAUUGCGCGCUUUAAUGUCAGGUCUUGUCGGGACAGUAUUUACAUGGCGACGAAGAUUCCCAGCUUCCAAUACGUGUUGAUGUGGAGACAGUUGGUGUCCCAGAAGACUGUGGUAUACUAAGCACCGAGGUUAGACAACUUUUUGUUAAGGUUAACCAACUGAGAAUAAUGGAUCAGAAAGGAAAUCUUAGGGCUUUGACCGGGAUAUGUGAAUUUCACUUUAAGUUAUUACUAGAGGUUUUAAUUGAACUGAAGUCUAAUUUCUGGAACGUCAGCACAUUUUGAUCGGUUACCUCAGAGCAAACAGUGCAGAAUAUUGUAAUAGCGACACUCCAAGAGAGCAUAAUUUCCUAUUAUUCUUCCUUGACAACACAGAAUAAGAGUUUGCGAACCUCUCCGAAAACCAACUUCCGAUUAACUUCAAGCGUUUAAUUGGCAUAAAAAUAACGUUGGUGACAUUCACAUAUCCAAAGAGCUAGACUAGGCGUUUCCCCCUUUGUUCCAUUAUUCUCUCUUGGGUUGACCUCGCUGAAACAAACGUAACGGCAAGACAGGCUGUAAGUUUUCUGUGGAAAGUUUGAUACUUCACCAUCCAGUUGUUAUAGUUAUAUGCUGCAGUUAAGCUUUUUCCUCGAUUUAAAUGUUAUUUUUCUUUGGUAUUGCGUAUGUUGAUGUAUGAUAAAAGGGCCUUUUGUAACUUACAAAAUGUCAGGUCACCUGAUCAACUUUCUGUAAGCACGGCAACAAUUCUUUUUGGAAAAAUUGAUUUCAGCAACAGCUAAAAGAGCAUAUAAAAAUUAGGUAACUUGUAAAUUUUCAACCGUAUAUCCCAAAAGUAGCGAUUGCAACGGCCGCCGAAAGUUAUAAGGAUUUGCAUGGGAAAAGCAGCUAUUGCCACCCAGUCACAGUUGAGUAGUUUUCCAUUCAGAUGCCUGUAAAUGUCGAAAUUUUUAAAUUGUCGUAAAAUCUUUCCCUGACGCAUUACAGGGCUCGAAUUUUCUGCUAUAAACAGGAAAUUUGAAGACGAGAUGAAAACGGUUGCGUAGGAGGUUAAGUCGCGGUUACCAUUUCUUCAUUCAAAUUAUUUUACGACGUCCCCCACUUCUACACAUCCUCUCUUGCUUUUGAUCAAUAUUUUCAAAUAAAAUGGUAUGAUCUAUCAAACAAUACGCAUCAUUUAAAUCGAAUCUAAAUUCAAAUUUUGAUUUGUUUUUUCUUUUAUUUGACAGCCCACUAUGGACAAACUGAAUCCGCAGUUUCAUAAUGCCAAGCACCUCUUUAAAAUCAUUAUGCCAGAGCUAGUAAGUGUGGUAUAUUUGACUGAUUUGAUAAAUCACCGCAGUUCAUUCAUUGUCCUGUACGUAGAUUAUUGCGUUUAAUUGAUUUCAGUCUUUGUAAUCAGUAAUGUAUACUGCCAUAUAUGGGCUCUAUACUGGUAUAGGCUAAGGGUUCCAGGGUCCCAGCGGCACAUCCUCACCCAAAAAUUCCUAAAGUAACCCCCGGGACCAGGGGAUAAUAACCAAGAGAACACAGCACUGGAACGAGUCCUUUCUUUAGUUUAUUAAUUACUAAUUGUUUUUCUUUUAAAUUUCAGUGCCUUGUUUACUUCAAAGUUCAAUUGUUAAGCAGCAAUAAAAGUAGGAUACUAAGGCUGCUUUUUCAAGAAGUUAUCUCUUUGGACAGCCUUAGAUCAGGUAAGGAUCAUGAUUGACUGUUAUAAUUGACAGCCAUGGAGUGGCCAAUCAUAGCCAAAUUAUGGAAAUAAUUAAAUAAAUCAGAACCAGUAAAACAACAACAUCAAAAAACAUGUAGUUGACGGCAAGGGCCCGAAAACGCGUGUUAACGACGUCUUGUGUUUGGCAGGAAAACGUCGCGUCAGUUUCAAUCUUGACGUCGCAACUACGGAAAUAUUUCCGCAGUUGCAUGGCGUCGGUUCCAAGAAUUUGCGUCGAGAAAUAUGUGCCAUUUUGGUUUGGUAAGAAUUGUCGGGAGCAAAUUUACAGCAUUUACAGCAUUUAGCAUUUUUCUUUCCUCCGCAAAAAGAAACAAGAGAAACCUUUUGAAAUUCCAGUUUGAUUCUCAGAAAUAGUCCGUGUUAAGAUUUUUAUUUGUUUUCACUCAGUUUUGAUUUAUUUAUCAGGAAUCCGCUACAUCCGUCUUCGAAGCCUGACUGGUGUUGAGAUUCCUCACAGUGGUUUGUUUGUUCGUAUGAAGCUUCAGGAUUUUCAACCCGCCACUUUUGAAGUCAAGGGUACCUCACGAGAAAGGCUUCUGACAUUUUAGACUGAUUUUUACUGAAUUUUAUUUUUCUGAAACUUACCUUUAACUCGCUUGACUCACAGAGUUGCAGCUCAGUGAAGUCAUUCAGUGAAGUCAAUGAGUCCUCUCACAUUGAACAUUGAAAUCAAUGUUUCAAUUUGGCUCAUUACCUGCUGGGCCAUUUAACCAGUAAAAAGACGUGCGACUGAGGUGGGCUUAAGUUAGACUCAGUUAAUUGUGAUCCGCCAGGAUCUGUCUCUAUAUCGCCUCAUGUAAAGUACUUCGGAUUGCAGAAUUCUAAUCCGGGAAAUUUUUGCUUGUGGAAUCCGCAAUCCUAGGCUUUGGAAUCCGUAAUUCAGCUCAGGGAAUCCCGAAUCCCGUUAACGAUUCGAAUCCGGAAUCCAAAUUCCACUGAGAACGAAUCCGGAAUCCAGUACUUGGGAUCCGGAAUCCACAGCGUGAAAUGCCGAAUCCAAGACCGUCUUGGAUCACCUUACAUGGGUCCGCGAUCAAUAUGUUAAGUUUUAAAAAAAGACUUGCCGGCGGAAUAGCUUGUUAUAGUUUAAUCGAACAUAACUGACAGUGUUAAUUUGGUCCAAAACCAUUCUUAAGGGUAAUUGUGGGGAAACCCUUCUUACGUUUUAAAUGGAACUGAGAUUUUUUGUUUAGUUUGACUUGCUCGAAAAAGUUGUGAAAGGUGCAUUUCAUUUUUAUUGGAGUUUGUGUUUAUUUCUGUUUUGCGAGGUAAUGGGAAAGGUAAAUAACUUAUAUUAGGUUUUUAAUGAAACAUUAAUAACUCUUAUUUUAUUCAGAUUGAAGUGGUUUACAUGAACAAAGGAUGAUGAUAUAUUUUUGUCAUUUUGUUAACGGUUAUCAUGAUAGAAAAACGUACCAUAUCUCUAUUUUCUUUCAUAUCGGUCGUUUUUAACUUCGUUUUGCACAUUUUUUGACAUUUUUCGAUAUGCAUGCGUGCGUACUUAAGUUUCCUCAAGACAAACGUGCAAUUUUUGGGGGGAUCACACCUUUGUAUCUUAAAAUGACCAACCAAAACCUUUCGCUUGAUUGUAAUAUAAUUCAGAGGAAAAUGUUUUUAAAUCAUUGUCCGUCAAAGUGUAUCAUACGUUCAUAUCAAGGAUCUGUUGAGUUUAAUA